AUGCCAGUAACAUCAUACAAACCUAACAGAAAUCUCAAAUUUUGAUGAUGCAUGUACAUACAAACUAAAACAGUUUUGCAAUAUAACUUAACAAACGGACGCAGGAGGCUGCAUGUUACUGCAUGUUGAGACAUGUCCAUGAGUGCAUAGUAGCCGCCAGCAACACGCCUGUUAAUUAAGUUGUUCAUUCGUAUCGACACUGUAAAGGGCAGUUUAACGAAUGAUUGUCCUCAUCGUACGACUAUAUUCAGGUGGAAGGCCGUGAUCAUUAGUAACAGAGGAAAACAUUACUGCUACGUCUAA